AUGGAUCAAGAUGAUUUGAUAAGUAAUAUUUUCUGGGCAGAUGCAAAAAUGAUGAUUGCGUACUCUCAUUUUGGUGAUGUAGUUAGCUUUGAUACAACUUAUAGGAAAAAUCAAAGUGGUCGACCUUUUGCUAUACUUCUAGGGGUGAACCACCAUAAACAAACUGCUAUAUUUGGAGUUGCAUUAUUAUGUGAUGAAAGUGCUAAAACAUUUAUCUGGUUGUUUGAUACUUUUGUAAAAGCAAUGUCAGCUUGGAAUGCAAUGCUUGAGAAAUAUGAUCUUAAAGAUAAUGAUUGGCUUAUACAAAUGUUUGAUUUGAGAAAUAAAUGGGCAUUGGUUUAUGGCAGAGAGACUUUUUGUGCAGAUAUGACUACUACUCAAUGGAGUGAGGGUAUGAAUAAUGUGAUUAAAAAUUAUGUCAGCUAUCAACAUAAUUUAUUGAGGUUCUUUGAGCAUUUUCAGAGGUUAAUUGAAGAUUGUCAUUAUGAAGAACUAAAGGCUGAUUUCAAAGCAACUCAAAGUACUCCAUCGUUAUCAUUUCCAGUUGAAAUUCUAAAAGAUGCAGCAAGUAUUUACACCCCAACAGUAUUCAAUGUGUUCCAAGAUGAGUUAUGUAAGGCUUAUGAUUGUGCUAUGCAAAUAUUUGAUCAUAUUGGGACAGUGACGGAGUACAAACUUACCAAUCAUAAAAAACAAUUUCAACAUACUGUUAGAUAUGAUUUUUCUAAUAACACAGUGAUUUACAGUUGUAGAAAGUUUGAGUUUACGGGAGUUUUGUGCUCCCAUGCUCUUAAAGUUCUUUCUUCAAAGGAUAUAAAGAAAAUUCAUGUACAAUAUAUAUUGAAACGAUUGACAAAAUCUGCAAAAUUACAAACUCAAGCGCCAAUGAAGGCAACAGAAACAGAAGAAACGUAUAAAAUUGCAAGAACUGCUCUUGCUAAGAUUUCAAAAGAUGUGGAUGCACAUUUAAAAGACAAUAAUAUUGGAAAAUCCAUUUCUAAAAUCACAGAGGCUACAACCGUACCAAGUGCUAGUGAGAAAAUUAAAGGAAUUGAAAAUAGGGAAAGAGUACGUGGAAAAUCUACAAGGCCAAGAAAUACUCUUGAAAGGGUGCGAAAGAAGAAAAAUGUUGCACUUGGAGAACCAUCUCAGUAA